UUUAUAAUUCCCCCACCAGCAUUUAUUCAUGCUAUCUAUUUCCACCACAAACGUUUCUUCUACCAUCUUCUCUGCACCCAUUCAAGCAAUCAUCUCUUUUGAUCUCCAUCUCAAACCCAUGACAGAUCAAUCCUCUACUGCACCAUCGUCCAUGGAUCCCUACAAGUUCCUCAAAAUUGUGCAAAACCCAGACGGGUCACUCACUCGACUCGCCCAAUUCCCUUCGGUUUCAGUAACAGAAGGAACCACCGAUUCCAACACAUCCCAACUAUCUCCCUUUAAGGAUAUCCCUCUGAACCCCAACAACGAAACCUUCAUUCGUGUUUACAGGCCUCCAACUGAUCCCCCACCAAGCACUAAUGAUAAGCUCCCUCUUAUAAUAGCCUUUCAUGGCGGCGGCUUUGUCCUUUUCAGUGCUACUUCCCGUCCUUUUCACGAGGCAUGCAGUAUCAAGGCAGCUAAGCUCCCAGCUGUAGUCAUCUCCCUCGAAUACCGUCUUGCACCGGAACAUCGCCUUCCAGCAGCAUACGACGAUGCCAUGGAGACGAUUAUGUGGGUCCGGGACCAGGCGGUGGAUACCAACGGCUGUGAUCCAUGGUUAAAAGAGUACGUAGAUUUCUCCAAGUGUUUUUUGAUGGGCGGUAGUGCAGGUGGCAAUAUGGUUUACCAUGCAGGUUUACGUGCACUCAACGUCGAUAUCUCACCUGUGAAAAUCAUAGGGCUGAUAAUGAAUCAGCCAUACUUCAGUGGGGUCGAAAGGACUGAAUCAGAGAAGAGAUCCAUCAACGAUCGGAUUUUGCCUUUGCCAGCUAAUGAUCUGAUGUGGUCCUUGGCUUUGCCAAAGGGCACUGACCGUGAUCAUGAGUAUUGCAAUCCAAUGGCUGCUGAUGGGUCCCAUAAGGAGAAGAUUGGACGGCUGCCAAGGUGCUUGGUGACAGGGCAUGGAGGGGAUCCGCUAGUUGACAAGCAGAGGGAGUUGGUGAAAAUGAUGGAGGCGCGUGGGGUGGAGGUGGUGGCGGAAUUCGCUGAAGGAGGUUGCCAUGGGAUAGAAAUUUUCGAUCCGUUGAAGGCUCAAUCUCUGCUUAAGAGCAUUAAGGAAUUUGUCAACGCUUCAUGUCAGAUUGUUAACGUGGCUACUGCCAACUCAACCCUGUGAAGCUGCCACUCUGCCAACACAACUAUUACUAGCACCGUUGCUACAAAAUUUUCAAAUGAUAAUUAUUGUUGAUUAUAGUUAAAUUGGGUGUUAGUAUUUAUUAUUAUUGGUGUUA